CCUCAUCGCAACACUUUCCACCGCAGCAUAUUCCCAAGCCCGAUGCCUCCAUGGGUAGGCCUAGUGCCGCGAUGUACCUCGUCGUGCAGAGAAAUCGCAAUUGAACAGUAUGCUCAUGCCAUCCGCUCCUUCAAUAUUACGCAAUUGCGCCGCCCGUUAGGCCUCCGCGUCCGCUCCGCAUCUACACAUAUUUCCCCGACCGCGAUAAACUACCGCCCAAUUGUGCCCCGGAGAAACACAGAGCUAUAUGAAGCGUUGCAGAAACUAGGGAAGGAUGCGGAGCAAUUCAACAACCUCAGACGUUUGCAGUUGGCACUGAGAGGACUAGAAGUCGAGGGCGAUGCGGCGGUAACGAGGGUUGCUGUACUGGGGUUGAACAGUCAGGGUGGGGCGCAGCGAUUGGCACGAUUGUUACUUGCAGAUCCACUGGGGAAAGAAGAAGAUUGGGAGAAGGAGUUGAACAAACCCACAGAAGGAGAUGAUUCUGCGGUCUUGAUACGGUUCGGCGACGAGCACGAUAUGCAUGCCCCAAAUCCGCUCUACAAGACUAUUUCAAUUCCAUCGAGAAUACUCGGAAGAUACAACCUGGAACUACUGGUAUCGACGCUGAAUGUUGACGCGGGAAGAAACCUCACACCCACAACCGAGAGACCAGACGAGGCGAUUUUGGUGCCGAAGCUCCGGAAUCCUUCCCACAGUGGAGUACCGGUACCGUGGCCAGUACACAAAACGCUCAUCUUCGGAGAAGGGCUGGAUAGUGCAAUUGCGUUUGGAAGUUUCUGGCCAGACAAUGGCGAAAACACUGAAGGGUUGGUCAAAGUAGCUGUCAAUCUUCCACCACCGUCCGAAGAGGUCGAGGCGGAUCAGGAAGCCUUGUCAACACCGGUCAAUGUCGACGUGGGCACGGAAGCACUCGAUUCGAUCCGUGAUUCCGUUCAAAACUCUCUUUUGUAUGAGCGUAAAUGGUUCGCUAGCAAUCUCCCUCCGCUCUCGAAGUGGCUCAUCGACAACGUGGAAACGAAGUCUAUAUCGCCCAUCAAACCUAUACAUCGCUCCCUCAUUGGCUCCCUCGUUGAUGAAACCGAGGCGAAUAUCACUCGCGCGGAUGCCCAGCAAUUGGCCAUUCUCACAGCACCUACAACAACUACACAAGAACAAGUAAAUGCGGAGAUGAUAGUAUAUCUGGAAUCGUGGGCAGAGAAGGGCCACGAAGAGUUGAGAGACAGUCUUGACGAAGGUUUUCACGGCAGGAGUUGGAAACGACUCGCAUGGUGGAAACUCUGGUGGAGAGUCGACGACGUCGGCAUGGUCCUCGAAGAAAUCGUACAGCGCAGAUGGCUAGUCAAGACGGAAAAGGACGCCAUUUAUCUUGCAGGCAGAAUGUCGCAAGCCGGGUUUCCAGAAGACACCCUGCCACAACUCGACCAACAAGAAAACUCCGCCAUCGUACUUGACCCAGUCUCGGCAGAAACACCAGCCCAACCAGAACCUUUACCCACAUCCUCCUCCACUACCCCAGAACCCCACACCCUUCAAACACCCACCUCCUCCACAACCACAACCAACGAAACAAACCUCUCCACAGAAAUCAAACUCCAGGUCCCCUGGCCGAAUCUGAUCUCCACCGCCCGCACAACCCUCCUCUCCACAACUCUACCCCCGCUCCAAUCCCUCGCCCAACGCCUCCUCAUCACCACACUCUCCACAACCACAACCUCGACCGCGCUCUCAGCGCUCCUCUACAUGUCAAUCCCAUCGCUCUCGCUCUUUGAAGCCAGCGCCGUCGCUGUGCUGGGUCUGACGAUUAGUCUGCGUCGCAUGCAGCGCGUGUGGGAGGAUGCGAGGGAAGAGUGGCAGAGGCGGGUCAGAGAGGAGGGAAGGCAGACGCUGAAGGGAGUCGAGGUUGACGUUAGAGAUGUUAUAGGUCGGAAGGGGAAGAAGGUUGGUGGUGUGCUUGAGGAUGAGGGGGUGAGGGAGAGGAAGAGUGCUAGGGAGGCGGUUGUUGCUGUCAGGGAGGCUUUGGAGAGGUUGGAAAAGUGA